CACAGCUGAUCACAUGUAAACAGGGAAAUGCCGGUUAUCGGCAUUUCUCUCCUCUCGAGCUCCCCAGCAGUGCCACCUGUCAGUGUCCAUCAGUGCCUUGUGUCAGUGCUCAUCCGUGCCUCGUGCCAGUGCCCAUCAGUGCCACAUCAAUGCCACAUAUCAGUGCCUACCAAUGCACAUCAAUGCCACAUAUCAGUGCCCAUCUGAGCUGCCUUUCAGUGUCACCCAUCAGUGUCAGUCAGUGCCACCUAUCAGUGCUGCCAAUCAGUGCCACCUAUCAGUGCCAGUCAGUGCCGCCUAUCAGUGUCUUUCAGUGCCGCCUAACAGUG